AUGCAGGUCUACGUAGAUUAUGCUAAUGUAGCAUCGAUAUCACAUAAGAAGACAUUAUCAUAUGUAAACAACUUUGUUAUAAAUACAACACAGUUUCUUAAUAGGUUCAACUAUUUGUGUGAACAGAAGCUGUGCGAUGUUGGCAAUCAGCUGAAUCGUUUAGAGGUGACAAUGUCAUUGCUGGAGAUCAAGCUGGGCUCCAUUGACGGCCUCGAGUCGCUGCCCACCGUCGACGCACCCAUCAUGAACCAGACGAGCAGCACGGUCACCAGCGCGGCACCAAUCGCACCGCCCCCUCCACCCGGCGCAUCUGGCGCUCCACCUCCCCCACCUCCACCUCCUCCCCCUCCCGGAUUCAAGGCCACCACGCCUCCUCCACCUCCUCCUCCCAUGCCCGGCACUGCCGCGCCUCCUCCCCCUCCUCCCCCUCCCGGCUCCUCAUCGUCUGCCGAUGACUCAGCGUCGGCUACAAUUACAUAUCGCGACGACCCUCGCUACAAGCCUUACUUCAACCUGCAGGCCAAGGGUGUACCCCUGGCAGCAUUCCGUGGCAAGAUGAUAGCCGAUGGACUUGAUCCCAAUGCUCUGCUGAACCCUGAUGGCAUGUCUGACUCUGCCCCAACAGCAUCGGCCACCGUAGUGCCACCCCCUCCAUCACCUCCUGCCAUGCUCGAGUCAGAGGACAGCUCGUCCAACCUCCUGGCCAUGAUGCCCAAACCACCCGCACCAGUCGUGCCAGCCACCAACGAAGAUGAUGAUGACGACGAUGAUGACGACGACGACAACAAAUCUUUAGCCUCACUACCAAUACUCCCUCCACCAAUGAUAUUGACACAAUCGUCUGAGAUUCCAGCACCGCCUCCUCCUUCAGUGUUUGUCGCGCCUCCAACCUCCACACAGGAUGACGACGAUGACGAUGAUGACGACGAUGUAUCUAUUGCUGCACCACCUCCACCUCCCGCAAGAGCUCCAUCACUCGAAUCAAUGAUCACAAGAAACAGACAACAAGACGAUGAAGACGAUGACGAUGAUGACGAUGAUGAUGAAUGGUAA